AUGACCAACAAGAAAGCUUCUUUGAAAGGUACACUGUUGGCUAUCCUGCUGAUGACUAAUAUUUUCAUGUCGAGGAAGUGUGUAACCUCCUUGCCUAUCUGUCCCAGUGAAACUGAUGGUUGCCAGGUCUCCCUUGGGGAUCUUUUUGACCGUGCUGUCAAACUUUCACACUACAUCCACUCCCUUUCUGCUGAAAUGUUCAAUGAAUUUGAUGAACGCUAUGCUCAGGGCCGAGGGUUUAUUGCAAAAGCCGUUAACAGCUGCCAUACUUCUUCUCUAACUACACCUGAAGACAAAGAGCAAGCACAGCAAAUCCAUCAUGAGGACCUGCUAAAUCUAGUCCUGAGUGUACUCCGUUCUUGGAAUGACCCGCUGCUUCACCUAGUCUCUGAGGUGCAAAGAAUCAAGGAAGCACCUGAUACCAUUCUCUGGAAGGCCGUGGAGAUUGAGACGCAAAACAAACGGCUUCUGGAAGGGAUGGAGAAAAUAGUUGGACGGGUUCACCCAGGUGAAUUGGGCAAUGAAGUCUAUUCUAGAUGGUCGGGCCUCCCAUCUCUCCAACUUGCUGAUGAAGAUUCUCGUCUCUUCGCUUUCUACAAUCUGUUGCAUUGCUUGCGAAGAGAUUCCCACAAAAUCGACAACUAUCUGAAGCUCCUGAAGUGUCGCCUUAUCCAUGAUAGUAACUGCUGAGCACUUUAUAAAAAUGGUAGCAUGAAACCCAUUCAAGCUGACCUGCUUUUAGCUUCAUUGCUUUUCACUGCACAAAGCACAUUUUGUGAAAAAUCACAUCUGGUGGUCUAAGAUUUCUAAAUCUAUUGUAUACAUUUGCCUUUGGUUUUGGAUUCAAAUAGUUGUUCUAGCAUCCAAAACUCUGUGAUAAGCCAAUCUUUUCUGUUAAGAGCGCUUUAUUGUGUCUUUUCCUGGCAUCAAAAUGAUAUUCAAAUCAAGCAAUAAAAAUAUACUGAGAUAUUAACAUGUGUUUGUGCAAAACUGAGAUUAGUUUAACAAUUUUGGAAUGUGAGCUCCUUUAGUUACAAACCUUAUAGGUCUUACAUACAGAGUUUCACAGGGCUUGUAUGUAAUGGAUGAUCCACUCAGCCAAGAAGAACUCAUGGGACCUUUAGUCAGUUGAGUGGAUCAUCAGUUACACCCAGGGAUCCUGGGACUGCUAUGGAACCCCUAUUUCUGGCUCCAACAGGCAGUCUUGUUUUGCUUCCCUGAAAAGAAAGGCCUGAGUCUGUUGGGAUCUGCUAUUUUUUUACAGACUUCACAGAAUUAAACCUACAACUAAAUGCAAGUGUGUUCAAAUGUGAUUAUCAGUGUAAUUCUAUACAUGAUUACUCCAAAGUAAGCCCCACUGUGUUCAGUGGAGCUUACUCUUGAUAAAUUGGUGUAGGAUUUCAGCUGAAAACAUUUGAAAGCUAAAUUAUUUUAACUUAAUGGAGAACAGCACUUAUAAUAAUGCACAAAAUAUUUGCAUUAAACUAGUUCAUGAGAUAUACAUAAAAUCCAGGACACAAUCCAGAUUAUUUUGUUGGGAAAGGUCUGAAGAAUAUUUUCUUUUUUACUUGAAAGAGAAAAUAGCCCAGCUGUAGAACAAACUAGUAUUCCAUUUGAUCCCAUUAAUAUCACCAUGGUUUCACAGAUCAGCAAUUUAGCAAAGCAAAAUUACAAACACUCUUCAGAAAGUGUUCACACUUGUUUUCCAAAUAAAGACAGUAUCCAAUAUAGAGCCAGUCUUACAAAGAGGCAAGUAAACCUAAUCACUUCAGGCAGCAGAUUCCAGAAGUUCCAGAACAGCUUCCAUUUUGUUCCUGUGAAUCUCUGUGAGUCCAUAGUAAGGCAUGGGUAUCAGUCUAACUUCUCAGAUCGAAUAAAAGAUAUCUAAGGCUGGAACUGACCCUGUUUCUAUUAGGAAGACAAGGCAAAAGUGGGCUUUCCUGUUGUCAGGAACAAGGAUAACCAGGAUCAGUCAGGAAAGUCCCCUUUCGCCUUGAACUUCAGCAGUUUUAUUGAAAGAUCACCCAAGACCUCUGCAGUUACAACAGCAUGCUACCAGGUAGUGGAUUUCAGCACCAUCUACAAAAUCACAGCCUAUGUACAGAUACUUUUAUAACCUGCUAAUCACAUAUACCAAUACAGAGUGUUAAGUUUCCAGAUAAUCUUAGUACAAUGGCAUCCUGAUGACUUUAGGCAUGCCACUAAUAGUGUUAAUCUACAGCAGCUUCUUAGUCCACUUAAGAAUUCCAUCUUCUUAAAGUAACAACAGCACUAAACAGUGACCUGGCUUGGAAUUGAGAUGCUUUCUGAGAAAGGAGUGCAGGUUUUAUGUUAUACCACAAAGGCACAUAUAAGCAAUGUUUUUCUACCAGGAUUUGUCUGAAUUUUCCCAGCAUUGUCCAGCUGGUGACUGAAACAUUGGUUUCCCCGGUGUGUCCAGACAGAAUCUUUGAAAAGCCAGUUUUACCCCUGCCAAGCACAUUUACUUUAGCUAUUCCUCUGGGAACCUUAAUGAAAAGAUGAAGGGUGGGCUGAAGAGUCACUUGUUAUGGAGUCCAUACUUCUGAGCCUAAAUUCCAAAAAAAUGCUCUAACAUCACCACUAGCCUAUGCUACUACAGCAACUAAACCAAGUGUGCAGAAAUACAUACAAAACAACUGUAGUCAUACACCAGAAACAGUUUUAUCAGGAGUUGUGCAAACAGCUAAAUUUGGUUUCUGCACUGAAGGAGCUUAACGUAUACAAGCAUUUUCAAUUAUCUUAAUGAGACCACUGUAAAGACCUUUUGCCUAAACCUGGAUUACCAACCUCUGAUAAAGUUAAAACCUAGCCCAAAUGUUUGGCCAAACCUUAAUCUACAUCCUUUCCUAAAUUCCAAACACUUUGUCAGGACUUCCAUUUGUGCAACACAUUUCAGAAGUGCUAAAUGAUCUAUAAAUACCAUGAGUGUGUUCUUUCAGUGUUUCUGUCCUGCCAAGAAGCUGGAAGUCCUUAUAAUCUUACCAGAGAGCAUCUAGGUUCUUGGGAAAUCUCUGACCUAUUUGUGCAGACAAAAGGGUUUAAGGUAGCUUAGAGCAAAAGUAUAGGUGCUUAAUCAUCCCAGUUCUAUCCAUCCUCUGAACACUUUUGAAGUGAAUGCAUCAUUUUAGAGUGGCGUAUGCCAUUAUGCACAGUGAAGGCUGCUUCAUUAAACAGUGCAUGUGUAGCAGAACCAGUGGGUAACCAGAACCAUGGCAUCUCUUCCACCAUGCAGGUUGGUAACGAAGCAAUGCAGGAAGCCUUCUUUAAAAGCAGACUUGGCUGCAUUCAGCUUCAGUGUGGCUGAUGACUUUGUUCCCUGUUGCUUCAAAAUGAAAAAAAUGGAAUAUUUUGAAGUAAGAACUUAUUUUUUGUAAUAUUGAAAUAGAGGGUUUUGUCCCAUUACUUCUCUUGAGUACUGAGUGAAUGCAGAGAGACUGCAUUGUGAAUUCUGAGUUCACUGGGAAGCUAUUAAUUCUGAUUAAUAAUACUGGACAAUGCAGACAGAAAAUGUUUAAACUAUUUAACUGAAAUUUUGUGUAUUGAGUCUCCUAUUCUUUUCAUGAGAAAAUCUUCUACAGUCAAUGUGUUGAAAUAACCCAAUGUAUUAACAAAAAUUCAGGUGUGCUUGUUUUUAGUCAGGGUUUGAUACUUUCACCUUUGAGGAUGAUGCAACUUCUGUCAAUUGGCAGCUGGCAGGGUAGAUCACCUCUUCCCUAAAAUCCAUCACAUAGUUUGCCAUAGGAGGAAUGUUCAAAGCAUCAAGCAGAACUCUUGUCGCUGGUAUUUCCAGAAAUGCAGAAAAAUGAUAGGGAAAACGGGGGUGCUGUAAAAGAAAAUGUUGUUUUAUUGUCUCCUUAAAUAUAUUUAUUGGCUUCUCCACUCUUAGAACUUCAGUGUUCCAAACAGAUGUUGUUACAGUGCACACAGCAGACUACAUGAAGUCACCUAGCACAUGUUGUAUUGCAUUUGUUUUUUGCUUGAUUUAUCAAAGACGCUCAGAUAUCAUUUUAUACAACAACCCUAUGAGGCAGAUCAAUCUGAGCAUCAAGGUAUGUUCAAGGAUGCUGAGAAUUCAACGCUUGAUCACUUGUUACUCUAUGCAUUUUUAAUUGAUAGAAAAAUUAUGUUAGUUGAGAUUUAGCUCAGAUAGCUCAUUCACAUAAGUAAGAAUUUGUUUGGUGCUGAACGGCCUAAGCCUGCACAUGCAACCUAGUGGCGUUCUGACAUGGAGUUCCCAUGCCCAAGACAACAGUUUACCUACAAAGGCUCAUUUACUGGUAUUGACAGAGCAAAGGCUGGAUGCAGCAAAGGAACAGAGUAUCAUGAGCAUAGAAGCCCCCACUCCAGAUGGUGUUACUGAACAUCAUUUCUUGAUGCUUAAGUACUGUGGCAAUAGUACACAUUGUAUGACUGCACAUAUUGGACACGGGGUACCUAUAUUCUUGAUGUAUCUCCCAGUGGUCAGGGUAUUAAAGAAAAGGCUAGUAAAAACACCAGUCUUGCUAAUGCCAUGCAUACUUUGCUAAAGAUAUGCCAAAACACUGCUAUUGAUGUUGGCUGUAACUUUGCCAAUAAGCAGCAGUAAGUAGCUCUUUGGUAUUGACUUGACAUAUAAAAUAAUUAUAGUCUCAUUAUUGUCUCCCAAGUUCAUCUCUGUCCAUGAAGAUAAAUUACAGCAUCCCCAACUUCUGUGGCUCUGAAUUCUCAAGCACUCUUUUAGGCUGAUAAUUGACCUGAUCAUUAAAAGCCAUUGCUGAGAAAACUACUGUAUGUGCACCAGUGCUGGGGGGUGGCAGGGGAGUCUUCAAAGCAUAAUUUCUGAGGGCACCAUAUCAAACAUUAUGAAUUCAAGUUAGGGAAAAGCCAUUUGUAAUCAAUGCUCAUCCUGACAUCUCACAUAAAUAUUCACUUUCUCAUAUACGUUUGUGCUGAUUUUGUCACAAAAAAGGAGGUCUCUGGAUAAAAUAGCCAGGAAGGAAGAAUUUCUAUCUUGUGCCACCUGGAUGCCUUCAUUCUGAAAACAUUAACCCAUUUUUCUCUCUAUCUACUGCAAACAUUCCUUUCCAUCAAUAUGAACACCGCUUUUCCAGAAAUAUGGUGGUAUUCUAUCAUUUGUAAUAAUACUAAGUGGCAGUACUAUCAAACAAUGGCUAGUGGCUAGUGCCACUAGCAUCCAUGGAAUACUUGUGGACUACUAGUGCUGGUUCCUAGAUUUCUAUCCUUUAUUUAUUUUUAUUUAAAACUUUUAUAUGCCAUCCCCUCAUGCCUCGGCAUCUCAGGUCAGCUUACAACAU